AUGUCUGAACAGCUUGCCCGCUCCCAGUCGUUUCCUACCUUCCCGACAUUCAUGUCUUCGAAUAGCGUCCCCCCUUUCUCCUUCGAUCCGAGUGCUCCGACAUUUUCUGCUUCGCCGCCGCCCUUGUCUAUUGCCCAAAGGGCUGUCUUGAAACGUGCGCUCGUGUGUGCUCACAACCUGGCAACCUGUGACUUCUCCGAGGUGGUGCCUACGAUCAAGACAUACCCAUAUCCUCUUGAUAGCGAGGGUUGCGCCGUAGUGCCCUCCGCUCUCGGUAACCAUAUGGGCCGCUAUGACUGUCCGUGGCCUGUGUGUAUGUGCAAUGAGAGGUGCCGGUUUAUCGAGGUGAAGACCGGUCCUUAUCAUUGGGUUGCUCUGGUGCUUGCUUACGGCUUCCUAGUUGUGGUCGAGGAUGUCCUUUCAGACAUUAGCGGCGCUAUCAACUACAAGCAAUAUGCCCCUAGGAGCAAAGGGAAGGCUGAUGGGAAGUCGUCUGCUGUGCCUCGCCGAGCUAUUCGCCCGCCGCCUAAGGGGCAGUUGAAGGCAGAGGAGUCUCAUGAUGUCUUUGGCCCAGUACGACAAGCUGAGCCACAGCUGCCAUUCAGCCAGGGCACUGAAUCGACUCUCAGCUCUCCGGAAGGUCCAAAGUCGUUCUCCUGGUCCACCUCUUCUGACUACAUUUCGGGACCUCCGAAAAAGAAGAUAAAGAUCAAGAAGCCCCUUUACCCCACGGGUGCUGCUCUGAUGGCACUGUUUGAGGACGACACCCUCUCAUCAAGCCAUGCUUCUACCACUACCAACAGUAGCGACGGCACCUUCUCCACUCCAUCGUCCACAGGCUCUACCUCCACUGCCUCUUCAGCUGGGAUUGGUCCUAUAUAUGGAGCUCGUUACCUCGAAUCUGGGUACAUGCUCCAGUUUCCCGCCACGCCGACAUCCAACUCUCGCGCGUUUGAUCUCUGGAGCCCACCGCCCUUCAGUGCAAGGAGGGAAGCUGUCCCUGCACCGGCGGCUAGCAGUCGCCGUGAGCUCUGCUCAAUCCAUGGGGUUCCUGUUGACAAGUUCUGGAACUCCUGGUGCAAGUGCCAGUUAUGUGGCCGCGUUGUCCAUGCUGAUCUGUUGAUUGAGGAUGGGGAUGGGCAGAAGUCAGCUGGUAACCUGCACAUGUGCUUCAUAGACUUAACUAGUGACAAUGAGUAG